AUGAAGACCCAUUUCUUUCUGUUCUAUGCUCUUUGCGUUGCCCUACUGCUUUCCUUGGGAGACUCUGCAGCAACAGCCAAGGCAGGCAAAGAUGGAGUUUACAUAGUUUACAUGGGAGCCACUACCCCACAAAAUGGGGCAUCGACACGUCACAAAGCCCAGCUUCUCAACUCUGUCUUGAAACUUUCGACCGAUUCAGCUUCGCCAUUCGCUUCAAUUCGGACUAACAACUACAUCGAGUUCAACCGAUUCCUCUUAGUGAUUACGGUGCUUGCGAUUCGCGUCAAGGGACUUACAGCUCCGUCGAGAUAUUCCGUUCAUAGGCGGCUUCUAACUGCUGCCUUCAUCGAUGAGCUCAUUCUCAAUCAGUCGAUCUUGAGGUUCCCGCGUUCGCCGCAGCGAUUGAGGCGCACCAGAAACGAAUUACGCAGGCAAUCUUGGAUCACGCCGUGGAGAUUUGUCGCCAAUAGAAGGUUUUCAUUCCCACUUCAUUUUUUCAGGCUUCUAACUGCUGCCUUCAUCGAUGAGCUCUAUCUCAAAUGGGAACUGGAAAUUUCUGUUCCAGGUUACUGUGAAAUCGCAAGUGUGAUUGGAGAUCCCAAAGACAAGAUAUGUGAAGUUGUGGAGAGUCUUAAUGCGGAUUUGCUGGUGAUGGGCUCCCGAGACUUUGGUGCUAUCAAAAGUUAUGUCAAGUUCUAUGCCGACAUGAUGCAGUUUAGCAAUGAUAAGUUUGACACGUUAUGGUGCUGCCCUGUGAAAUUUUUCGGUAAAGAGAAGAUUCAAGAUAAGCUUGGCCGGUUUGAUGAGCUCGCCAAUGCUUCUCUUUGUUUCUUCUUGCUGUUAGCACUCUUUGGUCAUCAGGAGAUACCAGUUUUACUGUGCUAA